AUAGGAUGUGAGGGUGACACACAGGCACUGCAGAGCCUUGCAAGGAUUGUUUGAUCUACUCCAAGUAUUAUCAAAUACCGGUGCUACUUGCUGUGACUGCAAGAUGAGAUUCCCGCAGCUCCUUCACAUUGUGUUUUUCCUCUUGCUGAGUCUACUUCUUACCACUGGCCAGAGACCAGCUAACCUGGUCCUGCGCAGAAAACUACACAGACACAACUGCGCUCACAGGAGAUGCAUGCCUCUCCACUCCAGAGUGCCUUUCCCCUGAGGGAUCUUCAAGCCGGUGUUGCUUUGCUAAAUUUAGGCGAUGAAAGAAGAAUGAAACAGAGAAGACCAAUCAAGAAAAUUGGCUAUCUGCAGCAUGCUAGCCAGUGCAGGUGUCCACAUGUAAGCCAUCAUCUGUAAGCAUUCAGAACCUUAUCAGACUUGUAUUGGAACAGCUUCACAGGAGUUUCAGAUUUCUCUAAGUGGAGAAAAACAAUGGACUCAAACAUGACCUCAGUUUGGAACUGUGGAAAAUCAUCAGUGCCAUAAAAAUAGUCAACCAUUUCAACACACCAACAUAUAGCCAUGAGGGUAACAGUGAAAUUGCUACUGAAAAAAGAAAGCUUUCCAAAAUGAGAGCAGUUGUACCACUUUUAAAAGCUUUUGUUUUUAACAGGUGUUACUUACCUUUCACAUGUCUAUGUAUACUUUUCUUUUUAGACAUAAUAGCAGAAUAUUAAAAAAACAAGAAUUCUGAAGCAGCUAUUUAAUAAUUACAUUGUAAAGAAUGAAUAUAUAAGUUCUGGUGUUUUUAAUGGUAUUGUAUGUUUAUAUAUAACCAUAAAUAUUCAGUUAAUUUUGCUAAAAUAUUAAGAAAAACAAAAUAUAGAGGGCUACAGGUGCAUGUUCAUUUAUGGAUAGAAAAGAUGUUAACUACAGUCUUGGAAAGCAAAAUGACAAACUAGACUUUAGAAAAUAAUUUUGAAUGUCUUUGUUCAUUUUUAGUCAUGUUGUAUGUCACAAAAACAUCUUAGUAGAAACACAGCUGGUAACCUUUGAUUGCUACGUUUAUAAAAUAGCAAAGUGGCUGUAUAUUUUGUAAAAAAAAUAUGCACUUCAAGUAUCGUGUUAAUGUUUCAUUUUAAAUACACUUUGUACAUUUUUAAAUUUUAUAUUCUUUGCAUAUAAAGGG